GCCUCUUUCAUUCGGUGCGCGUUUCAACGCCUCGUCGCGGCCCUUGAAGCAAAGAAGUCCGCAAGGGUCCGAACUCUUGCGCGAGAGAAAGCUGUAGUUUACACCGCAACAUUAAGACGACGCCAAGCUCUGCACGAUUUGUAGGUUUGUUCGCCCCGAGAACGAUGUCGACGACUUCGGAAAAAACGUGCAACUGUUGACUACUUCGAUAACGUGUCGCGUUGUGCAGCUAAUCAUCCUGUGGCUCAGGCAGCUUGCGCGAGGGAGGCAUUACGGACAAGGGAAGCUGCGACUGGCGGCGAAGCGCGAGCAUCGCAAUGAAGCCAGCCGAGGUCCCGUCGCUGUCGUUCAGGUCGUUCGAGGCGGUCUACGUGUUUCUGGCGGUGCUGUACGCGUUGACUGCGACCAACCUGUACUUACACCUCACCGGGGAUUCGUCGUCGUUCACCGAUCGUGAGUGCGCGAGAUGUUGCGGCGUUUCGGUGGAAGAGUCCACUACUCGCGAUGCACACGUGUCAGGAGCCGACGCCGGUCGCGUAAAGCGUAGCAGCAGCAGGUCGACGAUGUCGCGCAAACCGGGUCGCGCGGCCGUCGAGGAGCCCGUGUACGCGAGGAUAUCGCCCAAGGCGGCGGCGGUGCCAAACGUGGAGUUCUUCCCGCGAAACGACAUGACCAGCCACGACGGCAACACCAUGCUCGUCAGCUCGUACGCCAGGAUACCGGUGCCGGUUCUAGAGGAAUUCUGCUUCACAUCGAAAGAGUACUGCGGACCUGGGGACCCGGGACAUCCGGGAAAACCUGGCAUUCCGGGAUACCCGGGAGAGAAAGGGGACAUGGGGCUGCGAGGGCUACCGGGAUUACCGGGAAGCCCAGGCCCCGUUGGUCCCGUCGGACCCCCGGGAUUGAAGGGAGACAAAGGCUCCAUUGGUGAAACCGGGCCCGCAGGUCUGGACGGAAGGGACGGUCUUCCCGGCCAGCCUGGACUUGACGGAAUUCCGGGGCCCCAGGGUCCGGAUGGACGUCCAGGUGUUAACGGAAGAGACGGCCUAGACGGCAUUCCGGGACGAAACGGCACCGACGGAGCCGACGGUAAGGACGGGCUUCCGGGUCCUCAAGGAUCACCUGGGGCCAAAGGAGCCGCAGGCAUUCCUGGGCCACGGGGCAAAAGGGGACUACCCGGUCAGCCGGGAACUCCUGGUAUUCCCGGCAUCACCGCAUGGGCAGUGAACGGCUCCCGCACACACAAGACGGAGGGCCUGCUCAUACCUCCGGCCAUCGUGGAUGCGCAAACGGUGCAGACGGUGACCAUCCGCGAGGGCGAGAAUGUGCGGCUUCACUGCUCGGCUACGGGCCAGCCGGAACCCGUGGUCACGUGGAGGAGGGAGAACGGCAGACCCAUCUACGGACAACGCUUCCACGAAUCGCUCGUCGAGGACCGCCAGCUGAACCUGACCCAUGUGACGCGGGAGGAGAUGGGUCGAUACUUCUGCACUGCAUCCAAUGGGGUGCCGGUCGAAGCCACCAAGGAAGUUCUUUUGGAAGUUACCUUUCCUCCGUUCGUGCGCAUCAAGCAGUGGUCGGUGGCGACGGCUGUGGGUGGUUGGGCACUGCUCGAGUGCCACGUCGAGGCCUUCCCGACGGCUGUGAACACGUGGACGCUACGCUCGGGGCGAUUCCUCGAGGACGGCCCCAAGUACCGGGUGCGUGAAUACGACCGCGGCUACACCACCCUCAUGACGCUCAACGUGACCGACGUGGGGCCGCAAGACUUCGGACUCUACCACUGCGUCAGCAAGAACGCCCUCGGACAGGCCAUCGGAUCGCUCACCGUCUACAGUGAAGACGAGAGGACAGAGGAGUUCGACGAUUCGGAGAGGACCGCCGGCCAAACGCCUCCGACUAAGCAGACCAUGGGCGACUGCAAGCGAUGUCCGGAUUGCACAAGCGCUCGGCUGAAGACUUGUGGUCCAGGAAUGCUGACGGACAUCAUCAACGUCCAGAACGUCGACAGCACGGUGAACAGGACUAACUGGAUUGCAAGGAGACCACGUAACCAGGAGUGCCUGGUGACGCGCCGCGUGAUCGAGCGUAUCGGCAAGCCGGUGCUAAACCGAAAGCCCGGCGGCCACUUCAGCAACUGGAUGCGGGAGAGCACCCCGUUCGACCCGAACACCAUCUACGUGGCCAACGAACUGGACGGCAUGUCUCUCCUCGAGUUCCCCUCCAAGGCGGCCUUCCAGUCCGGCACUGGUCACCGCACGCUGCGGCUUCCGGCUCCUUUCCACGGCAACGGACAGUUGCUGUACAACGGCUCGCUCUACUACCACCAGAACGACACUAACUACGUGGUCCGGGUUCCCUUGGCUGCCCGAGGCAGCGGAGAUCCGCUCAAAGUGACCGCUCGGCUGAAGCUGGACGACGCCGUGUUCCGCAACGGCAGCUACCUGUACGCGGCGCAGAGGAACUACGUGAACAUCUUGGCCGACGAGAACGGCCUGUGGCUCAGCUAUUCCAGCCGCAGGUCCAACAACACAAUGAUACUCAAGGUGCACGAGGAGAGCCUGAGGCCCGAGUACAUCUGGAACCUGACCGUUGACCACCGGCAGGUGGCGCACCUGUUCGUCGUGUGCGGCGUGUUGUAUGCGGUGAAUAGUCUGAGUGAGCACAGCACCGAGGUUGGCCUCGCCUACGACCUCUACUCCGACGCGCUCCUGACGGACGUGCCUCGGCUGAACUACAGCAACCCGUUCGGCAACACCACCUUCCUCACGUACAACCCGGGCGACGCGUCACUCUACACGACCGACAGCGGCAACCAGCUCAUCUACCCGCUGCUCUUCAACGUCACCGAGGGACAACCCAAGAACGGAGGCUCCGCGGGAUCAAACUAGGCCCUCUGCACGCUUCCACAUCCUAAAGAGCGCAAUAGCGGAACUUCCGGUCAACGUCACAUGCGAGAUUGGCACGUGAUCUGAGCAGGAACGUCACACACGACGUGAUUCGCAGUAUCUAGAGACAUUCCUUGUUCAACUAUUUAUCACCCCUGCAGGUCUCCAUCUUCACCUGAACUUAUGUCUGGCGUGCACACGGGGGCGGGGGGGAUGUGCAGGGGGUGGCGGCCACCCCCCCCCCCCCCCCCUUAAUCACCUUCGAGAAGGGCGCAAAGUCUUCCUCAUACUUUUACUCAGUCGGACCUGUCCCGUCGUUGUUUAAAGAGCAGGGUUAUGGCCACGCAGGUUUUUGACGAUAAUGGCUUCCGAAGACCCCUGAUGUUGCUUUCCAAGAACUGUUUACCUCCCAUCUUUACUCCCGGAAAGCCAGGGACCAAAGGCAGGCCAUUUCGAGAAGCAUGUCAUCGCUUCACCUUCGUUCUUUCAUCCAUAACCGCGAGGCCAGUACGGCGUAGGUUACUGGGCACCCAGUAACACGGGCCAUGGAGCCAUUUUGACACUAGCAAAAUAGCGAUACUUACGCAACGCCAGGCAGAGCCUUCCCUUUCAUUCAAGUUUUAUCGCGGUGGUGUGACGUCACACGUGACGUUUCUGAUCAGCUGGCGGCGACCGGAAGUUUCACAUUUGGGCUCUUUAGAAUAUGGAAACACGCGGGGCCGCUAUCUUCAAGUGUUCCCAAUAAAAAGGCAAUGUUUGUACAUGCGUAAUAAGAAAAUUCUCCAUACAAUUAUAAAGCGAAACAGAGUACUGCAAUCUUUUUUUUUCGGACAU